AUGGCGAGUUCUAGUUUCAAGGCUAGUUCAUCAACUAGUGAAGAAGCAUCAAUUUCAGCCGGGCAUGAACCAGUAGCGACACCAGUAUGCAUGAUUGUGCUUGGCAUGGCUGGGUCUGGAAAGACCACAUUUGUUCAGAAACUAACUCAGCUUUCAUUUAAUCAUUUCAAGCCGUAUGUGAUAAAUCUUGAUCCUGCAUGUCGUGAAACUCCUUACCAUGCUAAUAUUGACAUCAGAGAUACCGUCAACUACAAAGAAGUUAUGAAGCAGUAUAAACUUGGUCCGAACGGUGGAAUUGUCACCUCAUUGAAUUUGUUUGCCACUAAAUUUGAAAAAGUGGUGGAAUUAAUAAGGCGCGCUGGACAGCAGGGUCACAAGUUUUGCAUUAUUGAUACACCUGGACAAAUCGAAGUAUUUACAUGGUCAGCUUCCGGCACGAUAAUCACUGAGGCGUUAGCUACCAUGUUUCCAACUGUUGUAGUUUAUGUGAUGGAUGUUGUGCGUUCUAUUAGCCCGACAACAUUCAUGUCGAAUAUGUUGUAUGCCUGCUCCAUAUUGUACAAAGCACGCCUGCCUUUCAUUGUGGCACUCAACAAGAUAGAUGUGCAAGAUCAUGAUUUUGCUGUCGAGUGGAUGAGCGAUUUCGAAGCUUUCCAGGAAGCACUAGAAAAAGAACAAAACUAUAUCAGUAAUUUGACAAGAACCAUGUCCCUUACACUCGAUGAGUUCUAUCGCAAUCUACGAACUUGUGGGGUGUCGUCGAAAACGGGCAUUGGAUUUGAUCGAUUUUAUGAUUUAGUGGGCGAUUGUGCGAAAGAAUACGAACGGGAGUAUAAAGCAGAAUACAUCAAACUACGAGAAGCGAAAAUAGCUGAAGAGGCGAAAAUCAAAGAAGAUAAAUUGGUUGCGAUCGCAAAGAGCAAAGGUGAAGGAAGCGAAGUACCUUUGGGUAGUUUUGUAGAGGAAGUUGCUCUUGGACGAGAAUUGUCUGAUAUUUAUUUGAAGCAUCCUGGAAAUGAGAGUUCAGAGGACGAAGAGGGUCGAGAAGAAGAAGCACCUACCUUUAAUGCAGACCAUGUGGAGGAACAAAACUUCAAUCAGUUCGUGAAACAGCACACGGACGCUCAAAAGGAGAAAAAUAUACAGAAAUGAUAUGAGAAGUGCGUGAAACAAUAAUAGUAGUUUUAAUUAUAAUUUAUAUGUAUGUAUAUAUACUUUAUUAAUGAUUUAAAUUGAGUAGAUCUUUAGGCGCAAAAGCUAACUUAUGUUUUGUAUUAUGCGUUACAAUUUUCCGGCUUAUAAGGUAAUUGAAAUUUACGCACGAUAUACAUAUGUAGGCUUAUAUUUGUAGUUGUGUAGUAUUACUUCUGAAUUUGUGGUAAUCUGUAAAUUUAUAAAUGAAUAUGUAUCCUCUACAGAAUAUACAUAAGCUACUGGCUUUGUGGUAGCGUAGUAAAAAACAAA